AUGACGCAAAAAGCUUAAAAAUAUGACCAAACUAAGGAAAAAUUGAAUCAAUAAGAAUAAGAAAAAUAGUCAAUCAAAACGAGUUCGAUUAUACUAUAAUAAUAGUAAACUAGUGAUGCACUCAAAUAAACAAAUGAAAAUUAGACAUCCAUUGUAAUUCAUGUGAGCAAACCCAUGGAAAUUAAAAAAUCGUAAUUCAAAAGUUACAUGGUAUACACUAUUGAAGGAUCAGAUGCUUGGGGAACGUUUAAAACAGAAAGAAGAUUUAAAGAAUUUUAUAAUUUAAGAUUAUCCCUUUAGAAAUUUUGGAUUGGAUUUUAUAUUCCACCUCUUUCAGAAAAAAUAUUAAAUCCAAAUAAGGAUCAAUUAAAAGUUAGGCAUAAAGUAUUAAACUAUUUUGUUAAAAGAAUUUCCUCAAUAUAGUAUUUAUAUUAUUCUGUAUAAUUUGCAAAAAUAUUUUUGAGGCCAAAUGAAACUGAAAUAUGCAAAGUUAUGGAAAGCUUAAAACCAACUGAUUUUCUCUAUUAAAUUUAGGUCAUGAAGUAGGUUUUCCAAAUAACUUCAGAGUAAUAUGAUGAAAAGAGGCUGUAGAUUUAUUUAAAGAAUGUUUAGACGUUCUUAUAAAACUCUAAAUUUCUCUUAUUUAAAUUAUCUAGAAAAAUUUAGGAAAUGAUCAACAGUAGCGCAACAUUAAAAGAAAAGAUCAAUUCUGUUACUGGUGCUGAAUCUGAAUAAUCUGAAAAAUUUGCUAUGUAAGAUAGCAUAGAAGACUAAGAUGGAAAGAUGAAAAAUUAUGAAAUAGGUUUAAAAAUUCAUUCAAAUUUAGAAAAUAUGAUGUUCACUAGAGAUAAGUAAUUAGAAAAGAUCCACGAUUUAAUAAAAACAGAAUAAAUGGAUAUAAAGGCAUUUCUGGAAGGGUUUAAGCUUAGAUUAGAAAUGGUGUAUUAAAAAAAUAAUGACAGAGUUAAAUAGAAAUAAUGGGAAAUUGAAAAAUUAGAUAUUGAGUAUUUGAGUUUAAAUGAUCAAUACUAAAUAAAAUAUAUCUAAGAGAGUUGCAGCAUAGAGAUCAAUAAAUUCAAUCACUUUAACUUAUUCAUGAUGAAUUUAGAGGUAAAAAAAGUAUUUGAGAAAUUUAAAAAUGAUAAACAUUAAUCCUACUUAACAAUCAUCAAGGAUAUAGCUGAUUUGGAGUUAUCAAACUUUUCAAUAAUGAAUCAAACUUGGAGAGGAAUUGAAAACCUUGCAUAAUUAAAAUUAGAUAAAAAAACAAAUUAUUAGAUGUCUCAAUGA